AUGAAUCAGUCCUCCCGACGUCGUGUCCUCAACCGAUCGCAAACAGGCCCUGAAGGCCCAGAAGCUGGUAUUGUGCUUCCUAAUCGUUCUCUGUCUGCCAGUUCUCGGGUGAAUUCAACUCAAUCUAGUGGCUCUAUCACUCCUAAAUUAAUUGUGGUUGAACCAAGGAGACCCAGACAUUCUUCAGCAGGUCAUAGGGCGAUGUCUUCGCUUUCUCUGGAUGAAGGGAGAUCUACAGAUCCACACGUGUCUCGGCAAUUUCCCAAAACUGUGUUGAAGCCAGUGCCAUCAAAUGAUUUGAAUGAAGAAUACAAAGCUUUAACUGUUUUACCAUUUCUGGAUAUAGCUGGUGGGGAAAUAUUCGAAAACAGCAAAUAUCUCGAGAAACGAAAAAUUAAGUAUAUUGUGAACUUGUCUGGAAUCAAUAUUAAUCCUUCGUUGUUGGCUUUGCAACGCGAUAAGCCCUCAGAGGAGGCCUCAUCAACAAUAGAAGAACUGAUCGUACUUCUUGAUGAUCAGUCAUCUACUGGGGAGAUCAUUUUGCAAUUUCGGAGAAUUAAUGAAAAAAUGGAAGAGGCGAGACGUUACAAGGAUCAUCGAGUCUUGAUCUACUCUGAUGAUAUAUCUUUCUCUCAGACUUUCGUAAUUCAGUAUAUGAUGAGUUAUUAUAAUGUCACAUUGAAGAGAGCCAUUUGUCAGUAUGAGCAUAAUUCGAGGACCGCUGUGGUCAUCAGCCCUACUUUCUAUAAUGCUCUGGAAAUUUGGGAAGAAAAAGUGCAUAGUCGAGGAACUCUUGAGCAGAUGUCAUCUCUUUCUUCUUCACAGUCGUCAUCUGCUUCUCCUACUCAUCAACCACGUCGUUGGAUCUCGAGAAGGAAGAGCUUGCUUUCAGUAGGGAGGUCGGCUAGCCGCGAAUCAGUUUUGGGCAAUGGGUCCUUAUCUUCGUCCUCUUCAAAUCGUUUAACUAACAUGUUUCGAGCUAAUCCAAGUCAAGAUGUUCCAGAGCAACAGACAACAUCUAUAUCACCUAUGAGCGAAAGUAAUAGGAAGCUAUGUAAUAAGAAAAUAGCUUGGGAUUAA